UUAAAGAGGAGCACGAACUUCAUUAAAACAGCAGUUAUGAUCCUGACAAUAAUGGAUGUGGUAGUUGCCCUGAGUUACUCCCCCUUCUAUGGUGAUUGGUGGAUCUUCAAGCCAAAAAGUCCAUGCCUCAGAACUGUACUAUUACACAGACAAAAAAAAAUAAAGACCCAUUCACCAUAUCUUUCCAAACACUGCUUUAAUGUGAAAAACAUAGCAGAAUCUAACAUGGGUCCGAUCUGGAUUCUUCGCCUGUGCCUUUGUAUUGCAGUGGUGGUGGUGGGCGUGUCUAACACGAUUGAAUCAACGGUUCUGAUUCGUUUCGAUCAAGCUCCGCCGGCUCGGUCGAGGUUCUCCACCGCUGUUUUCCGGUACUCGGUCACGGAGCAGGGUGGCUCCAGUGGGUGUAAGAACAAUGGCUGCUCCAUUCACUGCAAGCUUGAUGGGCAAACUUUGAGGUCAUGUCCUGCUGAUACCAUAGUACUGAAGAACUUGACAGUAAAUCAGAGACACAAUUUUGUUAUAGGCAUCAACACGGGCCACGGAAACAGUAAUUCAUCGUCUUAUUCGUGGUUCAUCGAUACAACACUACCAACUGCAACGAUUUCUAGCAAACAGAGUUACACGAAUGCGGGGAAAGUAGAAAUCGUUGUUGCGUUCAGUGAACCAUGCAGCGGAAAGGGUGGCUUCAAGUGUAUGAACUCAUCAAACUGUGAUGUAAUCGUGAACGGUCCUGCACAUGUAGAUGCAUCCUCAGUACGCGCAAUCAAACCCGACAGCAAAUACAGCCUAAACAUUGUUUUCUCCCAAGGAAGUAUCUACGCCCGCGCCAUCAUUAAAAUGGCAGAUAAGAUGUGCACUGACAAGGCAGGGAACCAGUUUACAAGAUCAAAUGGUUCAAUGCUCAUAGUUCACUUGGAUAGAAGACCAGUGCUGGUGGAUCUAUGGACAUCCGUCCCAUCGUAUGAGCUGGUGAUAAAUGGGGUUCCGAGAACUGUAAUUGCAACUAACGAGAUGGAGGACUUGAAAGUUUUCUUGGACUUCAGCAUUCCUAUGAUGAAUGCGACAGAACAUAUUCUAAGUGCUUUGCGCGUGAAUGCGGGUAACUUCAUAACUAGUCAUGGCGGCAACCAUGGAAACCGCAGUUUUGCUUUUGAACUUAAGAAUAUUUCAAGAACUCAAAUAGUCACAGUUGAACUAGAAGCUGCUUCAUUAUUCGGAAGAACAGGCACUCCCGUCUCCCCUGUCGCCCCAAUUUCAUUUCUCUAUGAUUCUACUGAGCCUGGGGUGGGAUUGAGUUCAAGCUCAUCAAGUGUUACAAAGGAGUCAAACAUCGCCAUAAUCGUAGAGUUCACAAAGCCAGUUUUCGGCUUCAAGGCCUCAAAGGUAGAAGUUGAAGGGGGGAGUCUCACAAGAUUUGAACAACUUUCAAGAGCCCUAUACUCUUUGACAGUCCGGGCAGUAUCUCAGGACGUAUCGGUUAUUGUUCCAGCAGGACAAGUGAAUGAUAUUUCAGGAAAUCUGAACUCGGCUUCUAACUCAAUCAAUAUCAGGCAUGUCUCAACCCCUUCUAUUUCAAUUGCACUCCACUCAUUCAUGACUGCGGGCAUAUUAGUAACAUCGCUAGCAGCUGCCGUUCUUUCAAUCUCUUCUGCAAAUCUAGGAGCUGUCGGAACUCUGGCUAGCGGUGGCACAGUUUUUCCUGACCCAUCGAUGAAUCUGCAAGGGAUGGUGGGACACCUGCAAGUUUUUGUCCUAGCAGACUGGAUCUUGGUUUCACUACCGGUAGAAUAUUCGGAGACAACAAAAGGUCUUAGGUGGCUUUUACCCCGUGAAAAUCUUCCAUGGAAGAAGAAAAGCUCUUCAAUGUGGCCCAGCAAUUUAUACAAAAGCGAAACCAAGCUUGAAAUGGAAGAAAGUCAUUCAUCCAUUGGAAUCCCGUAUAAUACAAGGGCUUACCGUGCAUAUCAACCAAAUUUAACCACCUUUUCUUCUAACUUGCAACAAGGACCACCUAUUCCCACAGUAAUUUACCCGAAGAGUAGUUGGCUCCCUGGACAGCAGAACGUAACCAUGAAGAACAUUCCGUAUGGGCAACCGUUGCGUUCCAAUGAAUAUUUCACUUAUUUUCUGCGAGGCGAGCCAUUAUCAGCUAGCAGUGUCAUGAAGAGAAUGCAAACAUAUACAGGAUGGCAGGACUUGGAGAUGAACUUGUUCUGGCUUGGUGUGGGAGGAAUUAGUUUACUGGUAGCCCACUUAGUGACCUUUCUUUUCCUGCGGUGGAGGACUCAAAGAUCAGCUCCCGGCAUACUUUCAGUGCCGAGGUUUGAGCUCUUUCUUCUGAUUCUCAUGCUUCCUUGUAUUUCUCAAUCUGCGGCUUUUGUCAUCAGAGGUGGCACAACGGGGGGAGUACUCACUGGGACUUUGUUGCUAGCCAUCCCAGCAGGUUUCAUUCUAUCGGUAUGCCUCUUUCUUGCGAUUGCUAUCUUUUAUGGGAGCUUUGCGCAGUACACAGAAGUCAAGCACAUUCACGACAAGGAACCAUGGUGUACGAAACUGCAGCAUUUCUUCACCGGGAGACCAACAAUUGGAAAGUGGCUUUAUAGAGAAGGGCUGCCCUCGUCUUUCCUUCCAAGAUUUGGGAUUCUCUUUGAGAACCGGAGGGGCCCUCCGUUUUUUGUCUUACUAGACCAGAAUGACCCUAACAACAAAUCCAAGUGGACGGAAAGUGGCCUAAGUGGCAUUGGAAGAAUGAGGGCUUUGAGUUCAGACGAAAGUAAUGAAGAAACCAAAGUUCCCCCGUCCAACAGGUUUUUGGGAUACGCUAGAUCCUCGUAUAUCAUUCUUGAUCUGCUAAGAAGAACCAGUUUGGGGAUUGUAGCCGGAGCUUACCCAUCAGGAGGUUUCAACCAAGGCCUUUUCGCACUUAUAAUCACGUCAGUACAGUUCCUCUACUUGUUCACACUCAAGCCAUAUAUCAGCCGGGGAGUAAAUGCAGUGGAGAGUGUUUCACUCUUGUGUGAAGCAGGGGUAUUCAUCCUAUCUACAAAUGCAAGUGGCUCAAGUUUAGUUGGAGAAAACAAUUUGGGAUUCGCCAUGUUGGGUCUCCUCUUGCUCACAUAUGUUUCUCAAAUCGUAAACGAGUGGCAUGCUAUCAUGAAGAGCCUACUCAGACUAUCACAGCCGCAAGACAAUUCGUUCAAGUCAGGAUUGAAAAAUGCAGCUAAGGGUCUUCUCAUCCCUUUCCUACCAAGGAGGCAUUGGUCAGGAGCCGCAGCUGCUGGAUCGUCCUCUCAGCCGAAAACAGGCCUGGAUCUAGUCCCUAGUACUUCGACUGCCAUGAAUGCAACAGUUGUUCCGGUGGUCAGUCCCGCUGUGUCACCCAACCUAAACACUGCAAGUUCCACAAAUGGAGAGGCAACCCUCAAUGGGCAGAAACCCGGGGAAGGAAAACAGCUGAAGGGGAUUAAACUAGAGCCAAAGAGUGAGAUGAAGAAGCUGAGGCAGUUGGCGAGAGCUAGUUUCGCUGGGGUCCCGAAUUAUGAGGAAGGUAGCACCAGUUAUGGUUUUUAGAGCUGUAGUCCUUUUUUCCCACGCGAAGCCUCCAUGGAUUAAGCAUUCCCUUCCGAAAAGAAAAUAUUGUUCGGUCGACUCGGAUUUCUCAUUUUAGCAGACACCACAUGAAAAAAUGAGUUUUGAUACUUCAAGAUGAUAUCAACAAAAUGGUGCAACAGGUUUUGAACUAAAA